GUUAUGGCGUGUGAAUAAAAUCGCUGUUUGCUUAUUUGCAGUCGAAAUAAAGCUGAUUUUAACGAAUAUCGUUGCUUUCAGCCGAUGCUGGGUCAGGUUUACGGACCCGGCGUCUGAGAUGACUUUCGCAGUGCUUUGGGAUGCGCAGUGCGCUUUGCUGCCGCUGCUGACUGGGACUGCUGCAGUGUAAACAAGACUGUCCGAGGCUGCAGCGCUGCUGUCUGUAGAAGAAAAGAUACUCAUACAGUCCCAGUGAUAGCUGACUUUUCAGCUCAAAACAGUAGGGCUGCAAUUUCAUCAUCAUUGUUUUUUUGUUUAUUUUUUUCUACAAUGCGCAACGAUUUUAGUGAAUUGUCUCCAGCGGAAUAGAACAACACAAACCGGAGCUCUUUAAGGAUUUUCUUUAUUUGAAUUAAACUGGACAUCUGUCACUCAGAACAUCUGCUACUUCUGGGCAGACAUAAAAGGUUUCUCUUGUCGCCAGAUUAAUCAGAUGGACUUUACUGCUGAGGAACUAUCAACUCCUUCAACCACAAAAUGACUGACAACCAGGAAACCCAAGAUGCUGAGGACACGACUCCGUCCGGGAGCGCGACCUUGCCGCUCCGUCCGCCGUGCGAGCGCCUCUCGUGCCACAAGAGCAGCGUGUGCUCCCGCUCGUACUUUGUGGUAGUGAUGGUGUUUUUUCAUGUUUACAUCAUUAACGUGAUAGCGCUGCUUUUCUACGUGCACUACAACAGCGGACAGGAAGACGCGAGCCGGAGUCGUGAUACUCCCAGCCGUGACCACCAGCGCCCCGAGUCGCGACGUCCGCCAUCGAAAGAUGAGUUUCUGCGUGAUAUUUUCUUGCCACGAAUAGAGGGGAUAAGGGUGGGACAUGCCCAGAAGGUGUCACUCAUGCCAGGCAAAGUGCAUGAGAUGCGUACUUUGAGCCUGAAACCUCUUCUUUUUGAGAUCCCUGGGUUUCUGUCUGAGGAUGAGUGUCGUGUGGUAAUGCAGCUUGCUCAGCUGAAGGGUCUAAUGGAGAGCCAGCUAAUGGUACAAGAUGGUCAGGAGGAGUUGGCCAGGGAGCUCAAUCUCAGCCCAGAGGAGAUCUUUAACCUUCUUGAUAUCAACCAGGAUGGACAACUGCAGCUGCAUGAGAUACUGACUCAUUCUCGAGUGAGGGACGGCAUCUGGCUCACACCAGAGAAUCUGCGAGAAAUUUAUGCUGGACUCAAAGCUGACAAGGAUGGCAAUGGUUUGCUGAGUCUAGAAGAGUUCAGGCUUCUGAGCAACGAUGCUUUCCAGCGCUUCCUGUUGCAGCGCGGAGUGAAAAGGAGUCAGCUGGUGAGGAACAGCAGACACACCUGGUUGUACCAGGGCAAAGGAGCACACCAGGUCCUCCAAGACAUUAAAGAGAGGGUGAUUCGCCUCACUCGGCUUCCAACCAAAUUAGUGGACCUUAGUGAACCAUUACAGGUGGUUCGCUAUGAGGAGGGGGGACACUACCACGCCCACCACGACAGCGGCCCUGUCUACCCUGAAACAGCCUGCACGCACACGCGCCUUGCAGCCAAUGCUUCUACUCCUUUUGAAACAUCUUGCCGGUACAUCACAGUUCUCUUCUACCUGAAUUCUGUUGAUGGGGGCGGGGAGACCGCAUUCCCAGUGGCAGACAACAGGACCUAUGAUGAAGUGUCUCUCAUACAGAAUGACGUGGAUCUUUUGGACACCAGAAGAAACUGUGACAAAAGUAACCUGAGGGUGAAGCCUACAAAAGGGACUGCUGUGUUCUGGUACAAUUACCUCUCUGAUGGAAAAGGUUGGGUGGGGGAGCAGGACGAAUACGCUCUGCAUGGAGGUUGUGUGGUCACCCAUGGCACUAAGUGGGUUGCCAAUAAAUGGAUCAACAUUGAUCCGGAUUACCAGCGGCAGGCUCGCUACCAGCAGUUGGUAUCACAACAGUCAGAGGAGGAGGAGGAGGAAGAUGAUGAAGGUCUGACUAUGAACACAGAAAUACAGGGUCCCAGGAUCCAUCAAGACUUGUAGCUCAUCUACCAAAUAAUACAAGUAAAAAUCCUAGCCUUCCUCAGUCCUGUGCACAAUGUUUUUGGUAACACCCUUUUGUGGCCAGUGCGUAGAGACAAGAUUUAUUCAGGGAAAGUGGUCACAGUGGGUUUAUGCAACAGUAAAGAGAUGUUUUUUGUUAUAUAUUUUGCUUGAAUAUUGCUAUCCUGUUAUUUAUUUUUAUUUUUUUAUCUACCAAAACUGUGUGUUAGGAGUGUUGCACUAGAAACUCAGUUGCAAUUUGAAAAAGCUUUCCUUUGCAUGCAUUACCUUCAAAAACUGAAAUGGCAACUGUAAACCUUUCAGUGUCCUACCUUGUUAUUGCUGCCACUACCAAAAAAAAGGCUCACACACUGUCAGUGUGAUGCAUGUUGCCUUGGUUUUCCCCCCUUGAAUUCAUCAGUACCUUUUCCAUGUGGAAUGCACAACACGUUAAAAUGCACAAGAUAUCGCUCAGAUUCCACUUUAUUUAUUACGUAUUUCUUUUGAAUGCACUGUCUCACUCUCCUACAUUGAAUAAAAUUCAAGUAAGCUCUC